ACCUCGUCGCCCCAGUGGGUAACCACAAUUGCUGCCUGUCCCUCUAAGACCACCGCCCUCAGUCAAAUGGCUGUGAAUCGACGUGCUGCGAAUUCUUUUUCCGUCUCCGGAGUUCCUGGCGUGGACCAGGCUCGUGGGCCAAGGGACAAGAGGACCUCCCAGCACCGAGCAAUUUUCCACAUUUCCGCUUCCCUCCUCUUCUCCUUCUCCCUCUCCGCCUCAGUCGAUUCGUUCGCAAUCUCAACCUCGAAUCCAAGCUCAUCCUCCGCCACACGAAUCUGACCCACCCUCUCACUCCCUCGAAAUGGAACAAAACCCCCUCCAAAGCCUGUAACGAAUGCCUCCUAAACCAUUAUGCCCGGAUGACGACGCAUUAGCGGGCGUACGCGAGCUGUUGGUGUACGUUUUUGUGCGUUGUAUUAUUGGAGAAGAGGGAGACGAUGACAUGGCCGGAGAUAGGGAGGGCAGUCCCUGCGUAUACGAUUGCGGGCGGUCGCCCGUUGAGAGGGAGAGGCGUGUCGAUUUUCCCUGAGCCUGUAAUGGAGGGGGGUUGGUUAGGGCAGACGUGGAUAGAAAGGAGGGAGCUGGAUAUAAAUGUAUGCGCGAAAAUACGGCUACACGGACUCGGAGGGGAGAACGAAGUUGACGAAGAAAUUGGCCUGAAGGCCGCAGAGGGAGCUGCAGCCAAGUCGUAG